AUGCAGUGCACUCUGCCCCCGAAAGCUCCGCUAAGGCCUUUGCCACGAAGGCUUGAACACAUAGCUCUGGCCCCACUGAAGAACGUGGUGGGGGUGGACGGAGCCCAAGUUCGACCCGGAUCUCACUCUCUGGAGUCCAUCCAGGGGCAAGAAGAGGAAGGGCAGGCGGGGGAGUCAAGGCUCCUGAAAGUCCAUUCGGACCAGGGCUGUGCUGACAACAACGGACCCAUUGACCUGUUCGAGGAGGUGAGGGCCAUGGAGGCUCACCUGAAGGAGGAGGCCUGGAAGGUGGUACAUGCGGUGAAGGCCAUGGGCAGGAGAAGUUUGAGCCCGGUCAUGUCUAUGGGGGAAAUAGCCACCAGCUCUCUGGGAAGCCUGAGCUCAGUGGAUAUGAACACCCCUGAGGAGCUCCGUGACUACUUGAAUGUCGGGACCCCGGUCACGCCGCGUGACCCCACACCCAGGCCUACUCCCCCUCCUACCAAGCCCAGGAGCCAACUGGCUCGGCCUAUAAGGUUCCUUAGUCUGCCAAAGAAUGCCACCGGCUCAGACAAGAAGUUAGCCAGUGAGCCAAAGGACCAAAUAAAGACCAGCUUGCAGCCCCUGUCCAACCCAGAGCAGGCCCUGACUAAGACCUUCCAGCUGCUCCGCUCUGAUGACUGGGAGAAGAAGAUCGAGGGCUUGACCUCUCUCCGUGCGUUGGCUCAGAACCACAUGGACAUGCUGAUGCCUAAACUCCAUGAUAUCUGCCUUGCUAUUAUAAAUGAGGUGAAGAACCUGCGCUCUGCAGUGUCCUCUGCUGCCAUGGCCACACUGGGUGACAUGUACGCCUACCUCCAGAGGGCCAUGGACAGUGAGGUGGAGGGGACGGCACGCGUGCUGCUGCACAAAGCCAGCGACUCCAACACCUUCAUCCGGCAGGGCGCAAACUUUGCCCUGGGUCACAUGGUGCAGAGCUGCACCCCUACCCGUGUCAUGAAAGCCCUGCUGGUCGGUGGGCUGAGCCACCGUAACGCUGCGGUGAGGUGCUGCACUGCUCAGCACCUGGAGAGACUGGCUGAGGUCAUGGGGGCGGCUCGUCUCCUGUCAGGGAAGAAAGAACUCACUGACCGUUUCUUGAUUGCCGUCAGUAAACUGGCUGUGGACCCUGCACAGGAAGUCAGGCAUCAUGGUCGCAAUAUCUUGAAAAACAUGGCCACCUAUAGCGACUUUGCUAAAAUGUGGGACAAAUUCGCUCCGAAGAAAGAGCGAGAAUCCUUGAGGGAAGUCAUCUCAAAGCUUAACCUCAAAGCAAGGUUCACCGUCAUCACAUAG